AUGUCCACACAGGAUAACAGAGAGGGGGGAGACAUGUCCACACAGGACAGCAAAGAGGGGGGAGACAUGUCCACACAGGACAACAGAGAGGGGGGAGACAUGUCUACACAGGACAGCAGAGAGGGGGGAGACAUGUCCACACAGGACAGCAGAGAGGGGGGAGACAUUUCCACACAGACAACAGAGAGGGGGGAGACAUGUCCACACAGGACUACAGACACCACAGUCACACUGCAGCUGGAAGAGUCACAACUCGCCCCCACCUCGCCCCCACCUCGCCCCCACCUCGCCCCCACCUCGCCCCCACCUCGCUCCCACCUCGCUCCCACCUCCCUCCCACCUCGCUCCCACCUCGCCCCCACCUCGCCUCCACCUUGCCCCCACCUCCCUCCCACCUCGCUCCCAUCUCGCUCCCAUCUUGCUCCCAUCUCGCUCCCACCUCCCUCCCACCUCGCUCCCACCUCCCUCCCACCUCGCUCCCAUCUCGCUCCCAUCUCGCUCCCACCUCCUCGCUCCCACCUCCUCGCUCCCACCUCCUCGCUCCCACCUCCUCGCUCCCGCCUCGCUCCCACCUCCUCGCUCCCGCCUCGCUCCCACCUCGCUCCCAUCUCGCUCCCACCUCCUCGCUCCCACCUCACUCCCACCUCGCUCCCAUCUCGCUCCCAUCUCACUCCCAUCUCGCUCCCACCUCGCUCCCACCUCCCUCCCACCUCGCUCCCACCUCGCUCCCACCUCGCUCCCACCUCGCUCCCAUCUCGCUCCCAUCUCGCUCCCACCUCGCCCCCACCUCGCCUCCACCUCGCCCCCACCUCGCUCCCACCUCGCCUCCACCUCGCCCCCACCUCGCUCCCACCUCGCUCCCAUCUCGCUCCCAUCUCGCUCCCACCUCCUCGCUCCCACCUCCUCUCUCCCGCCUCGCUCCCACCUCGCUCCCAUCUCGCUCCCGCCUCCUCGCUCCCGCCUCGCUCCCACCUCCCUCCCACCUCGCUCCCACCUCCCUCCCACCUCGCUCCCACCCCUCGCUCCCUCCUCGUCCCCACCUCCUCGCUCCCUCCUUGCCCCCACCUCGCCCCCACCUCGCCCCCACCUCGCCCCCACCUCGCCCCCACCUUGCUCCCACCUCGCUCCCACCUCCCUCCCACCUCGCUCCCACCUCGCCCCCACCUCGCCUCCACCUUGCCCCCACCUCCCUCCCACCUCGCUCCCAUCUCGCUCCCAUCUCGCCCCCACCUUGCUCCCACCUCGCCCACCUCCCUCCCACCUCGCUCCCACCUCGCCCCCACCUCGCCUCCACCUUGCCCCCACCUCCCUCCCACCUCGCUCCCGCCUCGCUCCCACCUCGCUCCCAUCUCGCUCCCACCUCGCUCCCUCCUCGCUCCCACCUCACUCCCACCUCGCUCCCACCUCGCUCCCACCUCCUCGCUCCCGCCUCGCUCCCGCCUCGCUCCCACCUCCCUCCCACCUCGCUCCCACCUCCCUCCCACCUCGCUCCCACCUCCCUCCCACCUCGCUCCCAUCUCGCUCCCAUCUCGCUCCCACCUCCCUCCCACCUCGCUCCCACCUCCCUCCCACCUCGCUCCCACCUCCCUCCCACCUCGCUCCCAUCUCGCUCCCAUCUCGCUCCCACCUCCUCGCUCCCACCUCCCUCCCACCUCGCUCCCACCUCCCUCCCACCUCGCUCCCACCUCCCUCCCACCUCGCUCCCACCUCGCUCCCACCUCGCUCCCACCUCGCUCCCACCUCCUCGCCCCCACCUCGCCCCCACCUCGCUCCCACCUCGCUCCCUCCUCGCCCCCACCUCGCCCCCACCUCGCCCCCACCUCGCUCCCAUCUCGCUCCCACCUCCUCGCUCCCACCUCCCUCCCACCUCGCUCCCACCUCCCUCCCACCUCGCUCCCACCUCCCUCCCACCUCGCUCCCAUCUCGCUCCCAUCUCGCUCCCACCUCCUCGCUCCCAUCUCGCUCCCACCUCCUCGCUCCCACCUCCCUCCCACCUCGCUCCCACCUCCCUCCCACCUCGCUCCCAUCUCGCUCCCAUCUCGCUCCCACCUCCUCGCCCCCACCUCGCCCCCACCUCGCUCCCACCUCGCUCCCACCUCGCUCCCACCUCCCUCCCACCUCGCUCCCACCUCGCUCCCUCCUCGCCCCCACCUCGCUCCCACCUCGCUCCCUCCUCGCCCCCACCUCGCCCCCACCUCGCCCCCACCUCGCCCCCACCUCGCUCCCACCUCCCUCCCACCUCGCUCCCACCUCGCUCCCAUCUCGCUCCCAUCUCGCUCCCAUCUCGCUCCCACCUCCUCGCUCCCACCUACUCCGCUCCCACCUCCUCGCUCCCGCCUCGCUCCCACCUCCUCGCUCCCGCCUCGCUCCCACCUCCCUCCCACCUCGCUCCCACCUCCCUCCCACCUUGCUCCCAUCUCGCUCCCACCUCCUCGCUCCCACCUCCUCGCUCCCACCUCCUCGCUCCCACCUCGCUCCCUCCUCGCUCCCACCUCACUCCCACCUCGCUCCCACCUCCUCGCUCCCACCUCCUCGCUCCCACCACCUCGCUCCCACCUCCUCGCUCCCACCUCGCUCCCUCCUCGCUCCCACCUCACUCCCACCUCGCUCCCACCUCGCUCCCACCUCCUCCCUCCCGCCUCGCUCCCACCUCCCUCCCACCUCGCUCCCACCUCCCUCCCACCUCGCUCCCACCUCCCUCCCACCUCGCUCCCACCUCCCUCCCACCUCGCUCCCACCUCCCUCCCACCUCGCUCCCAUCUCGCUCCCAUCUCGCUCCCAUCUCGCUCCCACCUCCUCGCUCCCCCCCACCUCCCUCCCCACCUCGCUCCCACCUCCCUCCCACCUCGCUCCCACCUCUCUCUCCCGCCUCGCUCCCACCUCGCUCCCAUCUCGCUCCCGCCUCGCUCCCGCCUCCUCGCUCCCGCCUCGCUCCCACCUCCCUCCCACCUCGCUCCCACCUCGCUCCCACGUCGCUCCCACCUCCUCGCUCCCUCCUCGCCCCCACCUCGCCCCCACCUCGCCCCCACCUCGCCCCCACCUCGCCCCCACCUCGCCCCCACCUCGCCCCCACCUCGCUCCCACCUCGCUCCCACCUCCCUCCCACCUCGCUCCCACCUCGCCCCCACCUCGCCUCCACCUUGCCCCCACCUCCCCCCCACCUCGCUCCCAUCUCGCUCCCAUCUUGCUCCCAUCUCGGCUCCCACCUCCUCGCUCCCGCCUCGCUCCCACCUCGCUCCCAUCUCGCUCCCACCUCGCUCCCUCCUCGCUCCCACCUCACACCCUCGCCCCCACCUCGCUCCCACCUCGCUCCCAUCUCUCGCUCCCUCCUCGCUCCCACCUCGCUCCCACCUCCUCGCUCCCACCUCCUCGCUCCCACCUCCUCGCUCCCGCCUCGCUCCCCCACUCCUCGCUCCCACCUCGCUCCCACCUCCCUCGCUCCCGCCUCCUCCCUCCCCUCGCCCCCUCCCACCUCCCUCCCACCUCGCUCCCACCUCCCUCCCACCUCGCUCCCACCUCGCUCCCACCUCGCUCCCACCUCCUCGCUCCCUCCUCGUCCCCACCUCCUCGCUCCCUCCUUGCCCCCACCUCGCCCCCACCUCGCCCCCACCUCGCUCCCACCUCGCUCCCAUCUCGCUCCCUCCUCGCUCCCACCUCGCUCCCACCUCCUCGCUCCCACCUCCUCGCUCCCACCUCCUCGCUCCCGCCUCGCUCCCACCUCCUCGCUCCCACCUCGCUCCCACCUCCUCGCUCCCGCCUCCUCGCUCCCACCUCGCUCCCGCCUCGCUCCCGCCUCGCUCCCGCCUCGCUCCCACCUCCUCGCUCCCACCUCCUCGCUCCCACCUCGCUCCCACCUCCUCGCUCCCACCUCCUCGCUCCCGCCUCACCCCCACCUCGCUCCCACCUCGCUCCCGCCUCGCUCCCACCUCCUCGCUCCCACCUCGCUCCCACCUCGCUCCCACCUCGCUCCCGCCUUGCUCCCACCUCGCCCCCACCUCGCUCCCACCUCGCCCCCACCUCACUCCCACCUCGCUCCCACCUCGCUCCCACCUUCUCGCUCCCUCCUCGCCCCCACCUCGACCCCACCUCGCUCCCAUCUCGCUCCCAUCUCGCUCCCACCUCCUCGCUCCCACCUCCUCGCUCCCACCUCCUCGCUCCCACCUCGCUCCCACCUCCUCGCUCCCACCUCCUCGCUCCCACCUCCUCGCUCCCAUCUCCUCGCUCCCGCCUCGCUCCCACCUCCUCGCUCCCACCUCCUCGCUCCCACCUCGCUCCCACCUCCUCGCUCCCACCUCGCUCCCACCUCCACGCUCCCGCCUCGCUCCCACCUCGCUCCCACCUCGCUCCCACCUCGCUCCCACCUCGCCCCCACCUGGCUCCCACCUCGCUCCCACCUCUCCCCCCACCUCUCUCCCACCUCUCCCCCACCUCGCUCCCACCUCGCUCCCACCUCGCUCCCACCUCCUCGCUCCCACCUCCUCGUUCCCACCUCGCUCCCACCUCUCUCCCACCUCGGCUCCCACCUCGCUCCCACCUCCACGCUCCCGCCUCGCUCCCACCUCGCUCCCACCUCUCUCCCACCUCUCCCCCACCUCGCUCCCACCUCGCUCCCACCUCGCCCCCACCUUGCCCCCACCUCCUCGCUCCCACCUCCUCGCUCCCACCUCGCUCCCACCUCCUCGCUCCCACCUCGCUCCCACCUCCACGCUCCCGCCUCGCUCCCACCUCGCUCCCACCUCGCUCCCACCUCGCUCCCACCUCGCCCCCACCUGGCUCCCACCUCGCUCCCACCUCUCCCCCCACCUCUCUCCCACCUCUCCCCCACCUCGCUCCCACCUCGCUCCCACCUCGCUCCCCCUUGCCCCCACCUCCUCGCUCCCCCCUCCUCGCUCCCACCUCGCUCCCACCCUCCACGCUCCCGCCUCGCUCCCACCUCGCUCCCACCUCGUUCCCACCUCGCUCCCACCUCUCUCCCACCUCUCCCCCACCUCGCUCCCACCUCGCUCCCACCUCGCUCCCACCUCGCCCCCACCUCGCUCCCACCUCGCUCCCACCUCGCUCCCACCUCCACGCUCCCGCCUCGCUCCCACCACCACUUAA